AUGUCAAUCUUAGAAGAAUAAUUUAACUUUAACUGCCAAUCUACUAAUUUGAGACUAAAUUAUUGGCAUUAGAAGGUCAAUCCUCUCGCCCUUAGUUUUACCCUUUAAAAGUGUUAACAAUUAGUGAAUCUCAAUAUUGACUUAAGCCGCAAUAUGCUUGGAGAUGAAGGUUUAAUCAAUUUCUCAACAUUUUUGGAGCAUAUGACUAAUCUUCAAAGUAUUUAUGUAGACCUUAGUUUCAACUCAAUAACUGAGGUAGGAAUGAAAAAUCUUGCCACAAAUUUAUCUAAAUGUAAGUCUCUCAGAAGAGUUAUCAUUAACUUCUAAUAUAAUGGCCUUAACGAAGCAAGCAUUAUGGCACUAGCCUAAGGAAUGAAGCAAUGUAGAAAUAUCAACAAAAUUAACUUGAAUUUUAAGAAUAACAGAAUACGUCUAGAUUCACAUCAAAAAUUGUCUAGAGAGUUUCAAAAGUACUGCAAGAGACUUGUAUGCUUUAAAAUUUCUUUUUGA